GACGACGACGACUUCACGUCGGCACGUCCGCAGUUUCAGUUUCGCUGCGGCCGUCAGCGCACAUCUAAAGCUCUACUUCCGAUCGUGUUAAUCGCACGCGUAAAGUCGCUCGUCACGCGUCCGGUUCCGAUCCAGGUACAAGACGCUCUUCACAUCGACGUUCGAUAUAAAUCGAAGCAAGAUCUCGUCUGUUCAUCGACGAACGACCCACGGAAUCACUCAAUAGCAACCUACCAUUCACCUGUUUAUAGAUACCGUUAGAGAUGAACAAAAUGUUGACAUUCACAAGAUCCCUUAGCCGUCGAAGCGCUUAUUUGCUCGGCGACGCGGCCGCCGUCAGAAAGAAUUUAUUUCGGCCCUUGAGUACCGUUCGCGCACCACCAGUGCCUCCGGCCAUAACUGGUACAGCCGUCAGCAAGGAUGAGACCAGGGAUUUCAUGGCAGUGUUCCCAGACGUCGUUAGAGAUCUGACGGAUACCGGCCGCAACUUGGACAUACCUGAUGUCACCAAGUGGCUUUCAAAGGUGUUGCAAUACAACGUGCCCGGUGGUAAAAAAAACAGAGGAUUGGCUUUGGUUUUGUCAUUUAAAAUGCUUUCCUCGCCUUCAGAUAAAACUGAUGAAAAUCUUAGACUGUCUUACAUACUGGGAUGGUGUGUUGAAAUUCUACAAGCUUAUCAAUUAGUGUUGGAUGACAUAAUGGAUAAUGCUAUUACUAGACGUGGACGUCCGUGUUGGUAUCGACACAAUGAUAUUGGUCUAAUGGCAGUGAACGAUGGUAUUCUCCUCGAACAGACUAUUUACCAGUUGAUUAAAAAAUACUUCAAGGAUAAGCCUUAUUAUAUACAUAUUCUGGAGCUGUUCUAUGACGUUACAAUGAAAACAUCGAUGGGUCAAUGUCUUGAUAUGUUAACUGCAAACAGCUUCAAGACAAAAAAACUUGAAAAAUAUACCAUGGAAAAUUAUACAGCCAUUGUGAAAUAUAAGACUGCUUAUUAUUCGUUUUUCCUUCCCGUAUGUCUCGCAAUGCGCAUGACAAACAUCAAUGACCCAGAAAUCUUUAGACAAGCAAAGACCAUAUUGCUUGAAAUGGGGCACUUCUUUCAAGUUCAGGAUGACUUUUUAGAUUGUUAUGGCGAUCCAGAGGUUAUGGGAAAAAUUGGCACAGACAUUGAAGAUGGCAAAUGUUCAUGGUUAGCAGUAGUGGCUUUGCAAAAAGUCAAUUCCGAGCAAAAGAAAAUUAUGGAGGAUAACUAUGGUAUUGACAAUCCGUCAAAUGUUGCAAUCAUCAAAGAUUUGUAUGCACAAUUGAAAUUGGCAAACACGUUUCAACUUUAUGAAGAAGAAAGUUAUAAAUUAAUAUGUACUCAUAUUCAGCAAUUGUCACGAGGUUUGUCACAAGACAUGUUUUUCAAAUUUUUAGAAAAGAUUUACAAGAGAACACUCUAAUUAGUAAUUUUAAAUCUUUAUUUAAAUGCAUUUAUGGGCAUUUAUGUAAAUCAAAUAUAAAUAAUAUAAUUAUUAUUAUUUAUUAGUACCUAAUCAAUAAACAAAUUGUUAUUAAUAUAUUUUCAUAUUAAAGUUAAGGGCAAUUUUGUAAAACUUAUUAUUAUUAUUUUUUUUAAAUCAAUAAUUUAUUGUCCCAAAAAUAUUUUUAUCAUUAUUAUUAUAACUUUAAAAGAUUGAAAUAAUUUAUUUUUGAAAAACCAAUAGGUAGUAGGUGAACUGUUCAAAAUGCAGUUAUGAAAUGAUUAUUAUUAUUAUAAAAAUAUCUUCUCAUAUUUUAAAAUGUGAUAUGAUGUUAAAGUUAUUUUUUACUUGAAUGAUAUAUUAUUGUACAGCUAUUAAAUAAUGAUUUUUUUUCUACUUUUAAGAUACAAUUGUUCAUAGUUUUAAUAC